AUGAAUUGGAAUUAAUUUGAGGCAAUUCACUAAGAGGUUAUAUAAAAUCUAGAAAAUAAUGGAUUCGCUACUCCAACACCUGUAUAAGUUGAAGUUCUUAAUAAUUACCAAAAGCAUAAGCAUAUUAUCAUAGCAUCUUAAACAGGAUCAGGAAAAACAUUGGCAUUUGGAAUUCCAUUAAUUUCUGAGAUCUUGAAGAACAUGGACAAAUAUCCAGCUAAACAAAUCAUAGCUUUAAUCCUUACUCCGACCAGAGAGUUGGCAAUGUAAAUUUAUAAACAUUUGAAAGCAAUCACAAACUUGUCUAUUGGUUGUUUAGUAGGAGGGAUGUCUAAAGAGAAAUAAAAAAGAAUUAUAAAUGCAGCUCCAGUGAUAUUAAUCGCAACACCAGGCAGAUUGUGGGAUUUCAUUGAAAAUGAAGAAAAUGACAAAAUAAAAAACUUGAAUCUCAUUAAAUUUUUAAUUAUUGACGAGGCUGACAGAAUGGUGGAAUUGGGUCAUUUUCCAUAACUCGACAAUAUUAUGACCAAAAUUACAACUCCAUCUUAAAUAACUCAUGACAAAGAUCGAAUUCUUUCCAUGAUGAAUGAACAAAGUGAAGCAGCUUAUCUGAACAAUUAAAAAAUUACAUUUGAAGUUGAAAAACCAGUUGAAAUGUCUUAUGAAGAUUUUAUUAAAUUAUAAAAUGGUAAAGGUAAGAUUUACAUUGAUAAUGAUGUAAUUUAAAAUGACAUAGAAGAAAUAAAUAAAGAUGAUGAAGUAGAAUAAGAAGGAUAAGAAGAAUAAGAAGUAGAAGAGGAGGAAGAAUAAGAGUAAGAAGAUGAUGUGGAAGAAGAGGAAGAUGAAGAAGAAGGAGAGGAAGGAGAAGAAGAAGAUGGUGAAGAAGGAGAAGAUGAAGAAUAAAAUGAAGAAGAUAUUUAAGAAGAAGAAAAUGAAGAUGAAGAUGAUGAAUAAAUUCAGGAGGAUGAGGAUGAAAAUGAUGAGGUAGAAGAAAAUUAGCAAGGAAAAAGAAAAGCAAAGAAAGAAUAAAAACAGAAAUAAAAGAAGAAACCUUAAAAUUUUUAAUAAUAGGAAUACACCUUAAAGACCAGAAAUGAAUUAAGAACAUUUUUAGUCUCUGCCACAUUAACUCAUUAAUUCAAGACUGGGUCAAAAUUCUAAUUCUUGAAGACUUCAAAAAAUGAUUAAUAAAACUCAGCAGAUAAAUUAUUAAUGAAACAGAUGAAAGCUACUGUUCCUAAAUUAUAAUCACUCUUAGGUAAAUUGAAGGUCAAAGAAUAACCCUAUAUAAUUGAUUUAACAUAGUAACUAGUAUUCCCAGAGAAAUUAUAAUUCUAUAAAUCAUUAAUGGAAGAGGAUGAUAAGCUUUUACACAUCUAUCAUUGGUUUAAAAACAAUGAAGAUUAAACAUUCAUCAUCUUCUUGAAUUCAAUUACAUAUGCAAACAAAGUGACAUCCAUGCUAAAAGUUCUUGGACUUCCAGCUGUUACUUUACAUUCUUAAUAGUAAUAAAGAUAAAGAUUAACUAAAUUAGAUUAGUUCACAGCCAAAAAGAGCAAUAUCAUGGUUUGCACUGAUGUAGCUGCAAGAGGUCUUGAUAUUGUGGGUGUUGAAAAUGUUAUUCAUUAUCAAGUUCCCUUUACAGCUGAUACAUUUGUCCAUAGAUGUGGUAGAACUGCCAGAAUCAAUAGAGAAGGAAAAACCUUAGUUUUAAUAGGACCAAAAGAUAUGGCAAGAUUCGCUAAAUUGGAGAGUGAUUUAUUAAGCAGUGGAAUUAAAUUCGAAGAUUUCAAAUUAUCGUUUAAUUAAGUGAAAAAGACCAGAGACAUGAUCAAGUAAGCCUAGAGAUUGGAGAAGGAGGAUCACUCUUUGAAAAAGAAGAAGAAUAUGAAGGAUGCUUUAUAGAAGUAAUUAAAGAACGAUGACUUUGAUUUAGAUGAAAAAGAAUUGAAGUAGGAAUUGGAAAAUAUUGAAGAGGAAUUAAUUUAGAAGAGGAAGAAGUUGGAUCAUGAGAAGAUGCAAUACUAAUAAAUAGUAUCAUAGAAGAACAAGUUAGAUGGUAGAUUUGAUAGGAGAAGAAAUGGAUUAUUCUUAACUCCUGAAGAUACACUGUAAUUAGCUGAAAGAUUGAAGCAUCAGAAAGAGAUGCUUCAAUAAAAAUAAUAAUACUAAAAAAACAAAAAGGGUUGAUUUAUUAUUAUUAGGUUACAAGAGUUUUAUUGUAUUUUUUUAA